UUGGUGUUUCUGGGUUUUGUCCCUUUUUGUUAGUUUUCUAUUCAUAUAUUCCUCAGUUGAUCAGUUCCCUGGACGCCCAGAAUUGUUUUGGGAUCAGUGUUUCUGAGAAUUGUUUGUUUUCUUUGUUUUGACUUGAUUGGUUCAUGGAGCAUUCAUUGUUCUUUGUACUUUGCUUGUUAUUCCUUUUUCUGGGUACUUGCUAUUCUUUGUCCAGUGCAGCUCAAGAGAGAGAUAGGAUCAAAGAGUUACCUGGACAACCAGCCAAUGUUGGUUUCACCCAGUACUCGGGUUAUGUGACUGUAAAUCAGCAAGCAGGAAGGGCACUGUUUUACUGGUUCAUUGAGGCACCGGCUAGUCGUGGUCCUCAGUCAAGACCACUCGUUUUAUGGCUCAAUGGAGGGCCUGGUUGUUCUUCUAUCGCUUAUGGUGCUGCUGAAGAGAUUGGGCCUUUUCGUAUUAAUUCUGAUGGGAAGACCCUUUUCUUGAAUCCUUAUUCAUGGAACAACUUGGCAAAUGUGCUUUUUCUUGAAUCACCCGCUGGUGUUGGCUUUUCAUACUCUAACACGUCAUCAGAUUUGUAUACAGCAGGAGACCAGAGGACAGCUAUAUGCAGUUUGAAAUACAUUUCACUGAAGAUUCAUAUACAUUUCUUAUCAAGUGGUUCGAAAGGUUUCCACAAUACAAGCAUAGAGAUUUCUAUAUUGCUGGAGAAAGCUAUGCGGGUAGAUAGUUGUAUUCCAUCUUGUCAUUAUGUUCCUCAGUUGUCUCAAAUUAUUUACCAAAGAAACCAGGGAAUUAAAAAUCCAGUUAUCAAUUUUAAAGGUUUCUUGGUGGGGAAUGCUGUUACUGAUGAUUUCCAUGAUUAUAUUGGCACCUUUGAAUACUGGUGGACUCGUGGUUUAAUUUCAGAUUCUACUUAUAAACUUCUCCAAGUAGCCUGCGACUAUGAAUCUGCUACACAUCCGUCAAGCGAUUGCAUUAAGGCUCUCACUGCUGCAAAGUUGGAAGGGGGAAACAUCAAUCUGUACAGCAUUUACACACGCCCUUGCAAUGAUGCUUCAUCACUACAGCACAACUUAAGGGGUCACUAUCCAUGGAUGUCCAGAGCAUAUGAUCCCUGCUCUGAAAGAUAUUCACAAGUAUACUUCAAUCUUCCAGAAGUUCAGAAGGCAUUUCACGCCAAUAUAACUGGGAUUCCUUAUCCAUGGAAAACAUGCAGUGACAUUGUUGGUAACCACUGGGCAGACUCUCCAUUAUCCAUGCUUCCUAUCUACCGAGAACUAAUAUCUGCUGGUCUCCGGAUAUGGGUAUUCAGUGGAGAUACUGAUGCGGUGGUUCCCUUGACUGCAACUCGUUAUUCCAUUGAUGCUUUGAAGCUUCCAACUAUUACCAACUGGUACCCAUGGUAUGACAAUGGAAAGGUUGGCGGUUGGAGCCAAGUGUACGAAGGAUUAACCCUUGUAAUAGUAACUGGAGCAGGACACGAGGUUCCACUGUAUCGCCCUCGACUAGCUUAUAUUCUUUUCAGAUCAUUCUUGGAGAACAAGCCAAUGCCAAGCUGAUUCAUCAACAAUUUGCAAAAGUGCAUACAUAUAUUUGGGGGUUUGUAAAUAAAGAAAUAAGAGGGUAAUGCCCACCGAGCAGCCCCCCAUUCUUGCCUGCAACAAUUUCACCUUUUCGGUUUCAGCUCAGCAUCCAUCGUUACUUGUAGCCGACGAUUAGCUUGGACUGUAAUCGAUUUUCUGGAUUUACUUUUACAUUUUGAAUUCAUAAAAUCAUGUAUAUGACAACAAUUGUGUACAACAUAUGAUUCUUCAACACAUGUAUCUUUGGUUACUUAUGAAUAUAAAUC